AUGUAUGGGGUACAUCCGGCCAAGGAUUCCGAUGAGGCCGUCGGCAAUGGAACAACGGAGGUGAUCCGAACGUACCAAACCUGGAAAGGCAGCAACAUAUUUUUCCUCGGUGGUAGAGUAAUAUUUGGACCAGAUGUACGAUCAGUCUUCCUAUCAAUAUUCCUAAUAGUUGCUCCGGUUGCGGUUUUCUGUGUAUUUGUUGCCAGGAAGUUGCUUGAUGAAUUUGCACAUCAUCUCGGAAUCUUGGUUAUGGUCAUAGCAAUUGUGUUCACAUCUUAUGUUAUAAUCCUGCUUCUAAUGACCUCUGGAAGGGACCCAGGAAUAAUUCCUCGCAAUACACACCCUCCAGAACCAGAAAUUAUGGAUCAGAGCUUAGAAAUUGGAUCUAGCCAAACUCCACAGUUACGUUUACCUCGCAUUAAAGAAGUAAUGGUGAAUGGGAUGACUGUGAAGGUCAAAUAUUGUGAUACUUGCAUGCUAUAUAGACCUCCACGUUGUUCUCAUUGUUCGAUAUGUGACAACUGUGUGGAACGAUUUGAUCAUCACUGUCCUUGGGUUGGCCAGUGUAUUGGAAGGCGUAACUACCGAUUCUUUUUCAUGUUCGUGUCCUCAGCAACUCUGCUUUGCAUUUAUGUGUUUGCCUUUUGCUGGGUGUAUGUCAUAAAGAUCAAGGACAGUGAGGAGAUAUCGAUAUGGGCGGCAUUAAUCAAGACCCCUGCCUCAAUUGUGCUCAUAAUUUAUACUUUCAUAUGUGUCUGGUUUGUUGGUGGCCUUACCGUCUUCCAUCUUUAUCUCAUCAGCACAAACCAGUCUACGUACGAAAACUUCCGGUACAGGUACGAUCGAACCGAAAAUCCGUAUAACAGAGGGGUUGUCGAGAAUUUCAAGGAGGUAUUUUGGAGUAGCAUUCCUCCUUCCAAGAACAAAUUCAGGGCAGUGGUGCAAAGAGAACCUGAAACCUUACCUCGAGCCGCAGGAGGUGGUGGAUUCAUGAAUUCAAACGUCGAGAAAACCCCAAGUGACAUAGAAAUGGGAAAUAGGAAGCCUACAGGGAAUAAUGGUGAUGAAAUGUCGGGUGGUAAUAACCGACGUUCGAGUUGGGGACGAAGAAGUGGAAGUUGGGAGUUACCGAGCGAUAUUGCUUCGCUUGCAUCGGGUCUCGGAGACUCGAAUCGGAUAAUUGGUGGAAGUAGUGGCAGCUUGGGUGGUCAAAAUAGGCAAUGACAAUGUGUGGUGUAAAAGACCAAAAAGCCAAAAAAAACAAGGUUAUUUUGAGUGUGUUUGUGUGUAUAUAGAUAGAAUGGGGUAAUAUAAUUAUAAGCAACCCCUUCUCAUUCUGGCUUAUGAUGUAAUACUCCUAUAUACAUAUAUGUGUGUGACAUUUGUUUCUUGAGUUGCUAGGAUUAUAAAUCUUAGGGUACAUAGUUUUUGGAUGUAUUAUAUACAUACAUACUUUCUAUUUUGUUUUUA